AUGGACGAAGGGAUUGACGCCAUCACACUAUGGGAGCAAGGUACUGCCAAAGAGCGUGCUGGUGCAAUGACCGAUGCAAUUAAGUACUAUCGGAAGGCAUUAAAGAUAGAGCCCAACGUCGAAAAGAUAUACCGAAAGAAGCUACACGAGGAGUGGAAGUUGAGCGAGGAGCUAAAGAAGCUCGAAUUGAGCGAGGGUGCGGAGAACGCUUCGACGAAUGAGCAAAGCGAAGAAAUACCGCAAGAAGAGAUAGACCUGCCUCCAUGCUGGAUUCUAGAGAUGCUAUCUGACGAAAUACUACUGAGAAUCAUCAAUGAGAUCGUUCUAAGCUCAGCAGAGACCUGGGUGAAUCUAUCUUUGACAUGCAAGAAGUUUAACGCGCUGUGCUUCAGCGAUUCUACGCCGUAUCGCACAUUCGCCAGGUAUAUUUAUUCAAGACAAGUCUACAACGAGAACGAAAUGAGAUUGAACGGCAUAUCUGACGUCCAGACACUUGCCGACACCAUCUGGGGCCAAAACUACAAGAAAAUGCUCACGGAAAGACCCUACAUCAAGUUCCAUGGCGUCUACAUCAGCGUGGUAAACUACUUGCGACAUGGAUCCAUUCCAGAAGGUUCCUCAUCGCUGCUAAAUCCAAUCCACAUGAUAACCUACUACAGAUACUUGCGUUUCUACCCGAACGGCUCGUGCUUACGACUACUUACCACGAACGACCCAAGCAUUGUUGUUCCAUCUUUCUCCAUCGAAAACCAGCCGGACAUCAAAGAUGCUGAUAUAUGUACCUGGUCGCUAUCUCUUGACGAAGGACUUGGAAGGCUAGCCAUCAAAAGGACAAGAACGAAAGACGAGCUAGAGUUUCUAGAGGAACUACAGAUUUCCAACCAAGGACACAGGCCCUUCAACAAGUUGAAGUGGAUCAACUCUUCUGCUACAAAAUUGGACGGAACAGUGAUGGAAUUCUCCUUGCAAAAGGAAAAACCCUUUAUAUUCUCCAGAGUCAAGUACUAUUCGACGGACUAA